AUGUUUCCGUCUACACGUGCAUUCGGCUUUGUUAGCGUUAUUGUUCUCUUACUACUUGGACUUGCUACUGGGUCCGAAAUCGUUCCCGAGUCAAGCUCCAAGGUCACCAACGGGUCUCCGACGUUGCCUUAUACUCAUACAGUCAAUACUUCUACUCUUACGAUAGCUUACUACGACUCAGCACCAGGGAAUACUUUAGCGCCUGUUGUUGUACUCGUCCACGGUUUUCCAUACUCAAUCGACUCCUACGUUUACACAGCUCCAAAACUUACUGCCCUGGGGUUCCGUGUUAUCGCCCCUUACCUGAGAGGCUAUGGCGCCACCCGUUUUCUCUCCCCAGCUACACCACGAAGUGCUGAGCAAGCUGCGUUGGGCAAAGAUAUUAUCGAUUUGAUGGACUCUAUUGGUAUUAAAAAGGCCAUCUUUGCUGGGUAUGACUGGGGAACUGUUGCUGUGAAUGCCGCGGCUGCCCUGUGGCCGGAAAGAUGUGCAGGCAUGGUUGCCGCCAACUCGUAUCUUAUUCAGAAUCGCAACACGGCGUGGGCUAUUGCACCACCGGCAUCCUUGGCCACAAGAUGGUAUUUCUACGUAUUUCUUACACCGCAAGGCUAUAGCGCGCUUGCCAAUGACACGAGGGGCUGGGCUGAGGCAUUAUGGUCCAAGAACAGCCCCAACUGGAAGUAUACCCAAGCACAGCUUGAUGCAGCUGUUCCGGCAUUUCAGAACCAAGAUUAUGUCAAUAUUGCAACCAACUUUUAUCGCAAUCGCUUGCUCUAUGCUUCCGGAGAUCCUGCGUAUGCGGACCUGGCCUAUCGAUUGGACAAGCAGCCUCCAAUCGGGGUACCAUCGGUCACACUUGACCCUGAUGAAGCUAUUGUAUUUCCGUUCACGAAUGGUAGCUCAACCGCCAAAUACUUCACUGGACCAAGGGUUCAUCACAUUGUCAAGGGUUGUGGAGAGAACAUUCCUCUCGAGCAGCCUCAGGCGUUUGUGAAUGCAAUUGCGGAAGUAUCCCAACUGCAGAACAAAGUUAAUUGA